GCUGUUUAUUCAUGAGUGAUUGACAUCAUGUGUUAACAGUGAAUGCCUUAAUUAUAAUCAUGUGUUGUUGUUCAUCAUUGAAUUGUGUAUAUAUCUGCAUGUGCAUUGUAUGUCACAUACUGACCACCCCCUAUCCACUACAGAUAAUCGAUGAGCUCAACAAGAGGGUGUACGUGAUGGUAGACCUGAGACACCUACACUGACGACACGCUACGCUACUGAUCCGUGAUUUUCAUGUAACCUUCGCAAGGCCACAACCACAUGCACCUACACUGACAACACCCUACAUUGCACUGAUGUGAGCAGUCAUAUGCAGUAUAUGCUCAUCCCAACUUGUUGUGGGGAGGAUAUGAGUUAAUGUCCGACUUUGAGCUGCACAACCUCUGCACACAGUACAAGGUGAUGAGCUCAACAUAAGGAUAGACGUGAUGGUAGACCUUCGCAAGGCCACCAACCAUCCCCUACUUCUGAGACACCACUAUAUACACUGAACACCCUACAUUGCAUGAUGAAGGCCAGGGUCCUGUUACAGAGAUGCAUGCUCCCAACCUCGAGUGGGAGGAUAUGAGUGAUCUGUCCAACUUUGAGCUGCAUAUAACCUCUGAACACAACAAGAUGCUAAGAGGAGACUCAUGCUCACGGGGACUCCACUACAGAACAACCUGCUGGAGCUCAUGUCUCUACUCAGUUUCGUCCGUUCUCUGCUGAAAUCAGAAAGACCUUCUCUGGAGCUAUAGGAUGAUGAGCUCAACAAGAGGAUGGACGAAUGGUGGACCUUCGCCAGGCCGCCAACCAUCCCCUACUUCUGAGACACCACUACACUGACGACACCCUAUAUACACUGCAUGGUGGGGGCCAUCCUAAAAGGAGUCCAGUCACAGAUGCUCAUCCUAACCUGCAUGGUGUGGGAGCCUCUUCCUCAGAGGGUGAGUGUACACUGCACGUUGAGUUUGUACGACAAUUAGACAAUUUGUCGCACAUUUUUUUGCUCAGCUAUUAAAAUAAGAAAAUAUACACCAACGAAAUUACUCGCUAUGCAGCAACUCUUAACAAAACAAUUUUGUUCGUGUACAGUAUACUAUACAAGAAGAACAAGUUAGGCACUAUGCAAAGUAAUAUUUCACAUUUUCUUAGUGUAUGAUUUCCUCCCACCACCAUCAGUUUGUUCCCAGGAAUGACAGCAGUUAGGCACGAUGAUCGAGGUGUCGACAUUAGGCUGACAACAGUCCAUGAUGUCAUGUUGUACUGAUAUAAUAUUAUGUCCUUAUGUCUAUUAAUGGAGUAAUCCCUCCCACCCACUGCCAGCAAAUGGCCAUUGACAGUAACAAGAGAGGACCAGCUAACUGGCAAGGUGGAAAUCUUCUCCCAUAUAGCUGAGCUUGGCUUGGGACUGAGUUAGUUGUCUUAAUGAUAAUGAAUGCUUCUCUUGAUCAUCAUCAGCUCAUUGGUGUAUGUACACAUAGUCUCCACAGAUCGUUGUUGAUGGUUGAUUGGUACAGGUAUGGAGCUAACAAUAUACCAUUGCAUGACAAUAUUAACAGUGUUUAAUAUUUCGACAGUAGUUAAAAUGUUUGAAUCACGUGAUCCCUCAGCCACUACUAGUGUGUUGUUAGUGUACACAGCUCCAGAUGUCAAUCGUCCAGUUGGCAUGGGAGGGAAGUGUUUAACCCAUUUGUUGCUAUUGUAGCUGUAUAGAGUUUAUUACUAUAGCGCUGUGUGUCUGACCGUCCCCCCACAGUUGUGAGCAUUUCAUCAAUGCAGACAAUAGCGAAGUACGUGUUAGGGCAAGGUGGUAACUCAUGCCAGUGAUUUUUGCUUAACUCAAGAACAGUUUUACUUGCACCUGACUUGAAGUAUGCCUUGUCUCCAAUCACGGCUGAUGAUCCAUACCUCAUAUUAUCAGGUGCAUCAGGUAGUGACUCUAUUGUAAUAGGUUUCAUUGAUGUAGCUGGUCUUCUAUUUUGUAGUGCAACUUGCAAUAAAUGAAUUGGUGCAUUCGAAUCGAUGAAUCGUGAAUUUCCUCGUUUUGCUUGCCAAUGUUUGUCUCAGUUGAGUCACUUCUCUGUCUCGUUGAUCGAUAGUUUGUCGGAGGGCAGCAGUGUUCUCCUCACUUAAUUGCAACUCUUGGUUGAGUCUCCUCAGCUGUCUCUACCUGGCUUCAGCCUCGUGUUGAAGGGUUUGGUUUUCUCGUGUUGCUUGGCCUAGUCUUGCAGUUAGUUGACCAAUUUCAAUGUAAUUUGUAUGUAACUGCUCAUUGUUUUGUUUUAUUGUCUCUCUAUUUGUUUGUGCUUGUGUGUCUUUCUCCGUAAUUUGCUCAUUCUUUUCUGUUAUAAUGUGUUGAUUUGCUUGCAUGUAGUUGUUCAUCUUUCUCUCUGAGCAUCUGGUGCAGGUCUUGUUGAGAGCUUUCUUGGUACUGUGGUGUCCUCUUGAGAGCAUCUAUAGUGUUUGGCAAAGCUGUUGGGAAGAUGGUCAUUCAACAUCUCUGUCUUUGAGGCAAUGACGAGCAAUCAAAAGGAGAGGGUUGGUUGGCUCAAUCAGGCUGAUGUGGGCUUGUCUUCUGUCUAUCUCAGGUACUGGAACAUACGCUUGAAUUGCUUGGUUCGGAAAUCGCAUCUCAAAUACUUCUCUUGUUUCAAAUCGAUCUGUUGGCUUUAGAAACUGUCGAGUUGUGGUCUGAACUAGAAGCACACCAAAUGAGAAAUUGUCUAGUUUCUCUGUGUACACUGGUAGUUCAUUUAGUGCCUCGGGACACAUGGAAUAUCAAAUGUUGUUUAAGUGGAUUCGCAGAGAGUAAAAAAAACUAUAGUGAAUACACAAGUAUAUAAACAUCUAUAAUUAUAUACAUGAUCGAAAUCGGUAAGGUUGUAUACGCGUCGUCGUAUGGAUGCAUGACAUUGUUGAAUUCUAGAUGCUUUUGUUUUGUUGAGAGGGGUAGGAUCUGGUUGACUUGCAUUUGUUCUUACAAGCUUUUUGCUUCACAUCCUAAAAAGACAAUCACUUUAAAAAACAUGCAACAGAACUGCAUUCAAGAAUUUUGUGGUACAGACGGCCCUCACAUGGUUAUAUGCACCGAUUGAAAAAGAACAACCCCGUCUAGCUCUACAACCGAAGUGAAUAUUUCGCACGUAAAGCCAAUGGAAAAAUGCUGAUGUCGUCCUGUCAAGAGCAGAUUCUGCAUCAAACUACUUUUCUAAGUUCCCUUUCACGCUGAAAAAGAAAGGAGGUAUGUAAGAGACUUGGAACAUUGUGUGUCUAUCGUUUGUUUGUUAAUUAAGUAAAUUUGUGACGUCAUGCCAGUCUAUAAGCAUGGUUAGUUUUUUGGUGUGCCACGUGGAGCUUGAAAGAGAACUGAAAUAAUUAAGAACUGUUGUGUGUCUAUGUCUUUGCGUGUUGGCCGGCUCUGUUGACUGUCUCUAUAGUUAAAAAGUCAAGCUACCAGUGACUAGCUAGUCCUACAUAGAUUGUUCUAUCCGCUCGGUGACAUCCACAUGAUGUCGUAUUAGCAUGCUGAUAGGCCGGGCACGCCCAGUAAAGAGUGGGCAUUGAGUGAGUACGUGGGACAACUCCACACUGUUACCAGACCCUUCUUCUAGUGAAUAGGCGUGGCUUGCAAGACUAAAUUAUUGUGUUUUUCAGCAAACAAAAUUAAUGUUUAUUUGCUCUUUUCUCGUAUACAGUUCACAAUUUUUACUACUAUGCUCCCCCCACCCCCACCCCCACACCUUGCACACCCCACAAAGAGUGGACGAGUCGAGUUCCUAUUACCAGAAGCAAGUGAGACAGGCCAAGCAGAUAAUGACACCCUUUACACUGCAGAGGCUCCAGUCACAAGUACCGAGUCAGCUCUCAACCAAAGUAUCCAGUACGAAGUAUUGUCAGCUGACGGAGACUCAGUGGAGGGGCGUGAUGAAGAGGUCAUUCAGGGUCAAUAAGGGCCGACAUGGUGUUAGGAGACCGUGGAUGCUGAUGAGCUCAACAAUUCAAGAGGAUGGACGUGAUGUGAUGGUAGACCUUCACAAGGCCACCAACCACCCCCUACUCCUGAGACACUACUACACUGACGACACCCUACACUGCAUGGAUGAUUGUGUGGUGUUCAGUCAUUCACAACGAUGCUCGACAUUUUUUUGCUGUGUUUCUAUGGUAAUACAGCUACACCAACCUACACCCGUCAUGAGUUUAUUCUCAGCUCCGAGGAAAAGCUCUUGAUAACAAUUACACUAAGUCAGUAGCCAAUGUCUUAUGCUCAAUAUGAAUGCAUGCAUGUGCUGUGUACAAUGGCUAUUUGUGCUAUUACACUGUAACGCAGGUAUUUUAUGGUUGCCCUAUUAGGGUAUCAUACAGGAUUUUGAAAUAAGAACAAGUAACCAGAACAUUUUGGUGAAAAAAGGUCAACUGUUAUUUCAAUACCCUGUUAUACAGUAUGUAAAAUUUCCAGCUAUGGACACUCAGUCAUAUACAACUAGUACCUGAAUGCAAAAAGGGGGGGAGGGGAAUUGGAGCUAGCUAGGGGGGAUAUCCCCUUCCCCCCUGUAUGACACCCUGUCUAUAAUGUUAUCCUCAGUGACCAAGCAGCACAAAUUAUAGGCUUAUAGGCUAGUAAUAUAUUCUGUAUUGGACGUUUAGAUCUACAUAAACAUUAUAGCCAUUGAUUCUCAACUCAACCUCCUAUUAGUAUUAGCAAGAGUGCAUAAGAAGAGAAGAGUGUCGAACUACUGAUACUUCUACACAAACACUGUGCACAAAGUAACAUGACUCGCACGUGAUAAAGUAUUGUAAAUUUACUAGUAAUCUCCUAGUAAAUGUUAACCGUGACGUUUUUAGGGGUGUGGUAAUCGAACAAUUCUAGCUAGUUGUUCCCGUUCAACGUUCAGAGCUUGUGGAGCUGCUCACUGCACACUGAUAGGAGACGAUCUCUUCACAAAAAUCAUCUAAAUAGAGACAAUAGUCGAGUUGAUCCUCUUCACUUGCACUGUUUACUCACUAUUAACAACUUUUGUGCGUUGCGUAAUUAUGCGCAAACGUCAUCAAUUGCGAGUUGCUCACGUGCAAUUGACAGGAUGUCACGUUACUUUGUGCACAGUGUUUGUGUAGAAGUAUCAGUAGUUCGACACUCUUCUCUUCUUAUGCACUCUUGGUAUUAGGCUUCUGCGUACACAAAGGUGCGUUUGUAGACGCUCUGGCCCUGAGGUAUGGAUAGCGUCCGCCAAACACUGCUACAAACUGUGUCUGUGGUGCAAACUUGUAGAAGUAUCAGUAGUUUGAGACUAGCUCCCAGGACUACUCUAAACAUCAUUGCUAUGCUAGACUAAAUAGGUCUAUGGAUGCAGAAGGUAGGGCUAGGGAUUCGUGUAUGUUCUGAUCUAAACUGAAGAAUGAUGAGAAUCACGAAAAUGGUAGCGGAUAUCUCUAGGUACUAGGUAUUGAAUGAAAGGUUUUUGAUAUAGAUCUAGAUCUAGGAUGAUAUUCUACUCUGCUUUUUAACAACACAUGCUCAGCAGUGCUGGAAACUGGAACAGGACGGAUCAGAGAAUGAAAGACAGAUGUUCUGUAACAAGACACUCUCUUUAAAACUGUCAGAACUAUAGCUUUAAUAUAUGUGACUCCAUGCAUUUAAUGAUAUGCACUAGUCUUGUAUGUGGAUGGUUAAUAUUAUGACUUGUUCUUUCACAUGGUACCGACUCCUGGUACCAAUACACCUACCACAACUCGGCUUCCAUUUCGAGGGCGGCCUGAAAACGAGGUUUAAAUGUUCCUGUCAUUCGCCUAAAAAGAACUAUCCAUAUUAGAGCAUAACCAAUCAGAUUGUAGUAUUUGUGAUUAUUUAAAAUAGAACCACCCGAUAUAAAACCAGCUACACCCAGCCUGAUUUCCAGUUUUAAAUACGAAAGGAGGCAAUAGCAAGUAUUUAUUGAGGUAAUAAUCAAGCUUCACCGUCUCAUGAUGCUGUCAGUAUUUUCUUUCAAAUUUUUACUAGGAGUGAUCUCAUUUUUGGAAAGGGGAUAGCCUCGAUUCCAGGCCGCUCUCAAUUGAGAAAGACGGCCUGGUAUACACUGUCUGCGCAUGCGUUAAUUGCCCCCAAGAAUCUUGGGGGUCGAGAUGUCUUAGUAAAUUAGUCAGUAUACUGUAUAUUUACAAUGAUGUCAUUGCACAAAUCAUAGCAGUUUUAAUAAGAUACUUGCAACAUUUAUGGCCUAGACUAUAGUAGACUAUAGUGACUAGUUUUGUUGUGAUUGCUUCUACUUCUCUUCUGGGAUCAUGACGGAUACACGGCUCCAUGUAGUAUACACUACUGUGGACUAGACUCAUCUACUUGUAAGAAGGUAAAAGGUAUAUAAAAAGGAGGAACUUUGGAGGGCCUCAGUCUGAUUAUUACAAUUCCUGCUUCUAUACAACUACAGGUAGUACUGUACUGUAGGUGGCUGCAAAAAUUACCAGUAUGAACUCGCUGGACAGAAGGGUUAUGGCUGCCAUGCAGUGAUGCAUCAAACAAACCUCAAUAAAAACACUCGCGGCCAAAGAUCAGCAGCCCAAAAGCCUGCCAGAACCUCCAGCGUGGCAGAAAAAAAGUCUUCGUGCAGUUCUCUAUCCAAGGCAGUUUCACUAUCCGAAAUAGGCCGCAAGCCCUGGAAGUGAGAGACGAGGAAGGAAACUAGAACUCUAUUCAUUAUGGGAGAUCUUCGACGAGCUUGAGUUGAAGAACGAGCUUCGAUCAAAAGAGUAUUUGUCCAGAAAAUGAUCGUAUUGCACAACAGUGUUCCGAAAAAUGUUGAAGGAGUGCAAAAUAAACCAAAGAUGGUCAGUGGACGGAAAUGUAGAAAUUACAAGCUUAGGUUGCGUGCCAGAGAUAGUGAACUCGUCAAGACAGCUAGCAGACGUAAUUGUCUGGACGGACGACAAAUCAGAAGUAGCUUUGACUGCAGAAGUACACAAUCUUCCCCCCAAUGUACUUGACUGAGCGGAAGGCAACUCUUGGAACCACAGAUCUUUUGCGGAACCUCCAGCAAGGCAACGAUGUCACAUCAACCACAGCGUUUGCACUACUGAAUACUUUCUGCAAGCAAUGUAUCACCCAAAUUGAUGUCGAAUGGAAAGACCUCCGUUUUGAGACAACCACUACUCGGUUCCGGGAUGUCAAGGAUAGCAUUGCACAAAUAAGGAAAAUGUUGUUCGAGAAGUGCCCUUGAGGUGUAAGUUAUCACUCUGUUGUGAAUACAUGAUUCGGUUGUCUGAACCAGACUUGUUUUUAUUUGACAGCAACCCGUACACUGAGCAACUUCUGUCCACUACGCACGUCAUUGUUCGAUCAGACACUACAGUAUACAAGGUUUUGUAUAGCCCAAAUGAAAAAGACUCCUUGCAACUGUACUGGGAUCAAUUCGAAAGGGCGUCAUCUCUUCCGUCACAAUCACACGAUGUACGUUGCCCUUCCAAACAAAAGUGAUGAGGGGUAGUGAAGUACCUGUAUUUGCCAUUUAAUUGUCUGGACAGAACUGAAGCCAAGGGUUGCUUGAAAGAAUUUGUAAAGCUUACGAAAGUUGCUUUGGAUGAAUUACAUGGUUUUGGUUUAUCUCGUAAUGACAUACGAAUGGCGAAUAUAUUAUUCGAUGCUGAUUAUAGACUAAUGCUUGCUUAUUGACUUGGAUAGAGCUGAUUAUGUUAGCAAAGUGUCAUCUUUUUUCUCGACCGAAAUGCCCAGCUGCAUGUACACGCAUGAUGACGAGCACAUAUUCAAGGACGGUAUCGAGACUGAUUUUUACCAGUUGGGGUGGUUAAUAGCAUGGAUUCUAAAACCGAAAAAAAAGGUGAACUACCCUACCACGAAAGAGUUUGGAGUAAGGAACCACAACUUAUCCGUAAGAACAGAUUGAUAUAUAGCCUCACUAUAGUCGUGGAAGGAAAGUAUUUCGAAGAGUAUUUAGUUGAUAUUCCAGAGGACCAAACCUCCAUCGCGGACAUACUGAAGGCUCGAUCAACAAUAACUGAACUAUUGUAGAUAAUAGGAUGUGUCAAAUUUGUGCAGAAAUUAAAAUAAUUAUAUUGUUGUCUUUGUGAUAUCGUCUAUUUUGUUGUCUGUGAUUAUUAG